UGUAAUUAUUCGACAAACUUAGGAUUGUUGACUUGAUACAGAACCUCAGACUUCUAACGUUCAAGGCUGCCCGCUUUGCGCAAUGUCGUUGUCGUACCCGGACUACAGCGGACAGAUGUUUGCGAUUUCGGUCAUCGCAGGGCGUGGCCGAGAUGACCUGCUGUGUCAAAAACAUGAGCGCCUAGCAAUCACAGCUCCGCAUCGCGAACCGCCUCCGCCUCCGCAGCUUGUGAAAAGGUCAUAUUAUGUUAUAGAAAUUCAAGUACUAUCGCUUGUUGCUUCCUUGCACGCAUGACAGUGGCUAAUAUGUCAUAAUUAAAGUUCGAGUGGCCGUGUCGACUAGCGGGAGGAAACUUGGCA